CUCCAAACUGUGUUGACCUACGUCAUAAUACUUUUUGGGAUCUUCGUUUGGCGGGAACGGGGGAUUAAUGUUAUAGACGUUGGUGACUAUCGAGGGAUCACCUUCGAACUUAUUAAUUGCAAGGGGUGUCAAGAAUCUAGAUGGAUCCGUGUAAUAUUUGAUGAACAAAGAUAUAAGAAAUACGCGUGAUUUCGUUUUAUUUGUUGACUGAGAUAAAUAUGUCAUCGUCCGAUGAAGAAAGUGAUCAAUUAACGGAUUUGGAAGCAAUCCGUGAUCGAAUGCUAAGUCAACCACGGAGUGAACAUAUGCAAGUUAGUGCUUGGGAAGAUGACGAUGAUGGGGUAGAAGCUGAACGUAAUGCGAAAGAACCCGAUGCAAAAGAAAUUCUUAACGCAGCAGAGAACGGCGACUUGGACAGACUGCAGAGAUCAUUAACAAAAAACCCUCGUUUGUUAGAAUGUAUGGACAAGGAUGGUUACACUCCGUUGCAUAGAGCAUGUUAUGGCAAUCAUGUGAAAAUUGUCGAGUAUUUACUUCAAGCAGGUGCGAAGAUAGAUGCUAAAACGAUGGAUGAAUGGCAACCGUUGCAUUCUGCAUGUUGCUGGAACAAUGUUGAAUGUGCAGCGGUAUUAAUUGCAAACGGAGCAGAUAUAAAUGCUAAGAGUAAAGGAGAUCAGACACCUUUGCAUUUAGUAUCUGCAACUUCUCAUAAUUCUCCCACUUUGCAACUUCUUUUAUUGCAUCCAGAUAUAAAUCCAAGAUUGAUAAAUUCAAGUGGCGAUACAGCAGAACAAAUUGCUAAAAGAACAGGAAAAUAUUACCCGAUGUUUGAAAUCAUUGAAGACUGCUUGAAUGUUAUUUGAAUCUAUUGCUUGAUAUUUCUAUUAGAUAUGUACAUGUUACGUACAUAUCAUGAAUGCAUUACAUAAAUCAUCAAUUUACAUUUAUGAAAUUGGGAAUUGGAAGUUGAAAGUGUAUCAGUGAUAUUAAUAUAAUUAUAAAUAUGUUAAUAACGAAAUCUGUAUUUCUUUUAUUAU